AAAGUGCAGUGUAUAGUUUAUUUACCAUAAAAUAUGGAUGAACAACAGCCUUCAACAUCAAGUGGCAUUGAGAAGAAGAGGAGGAAGAGCGCUACAUUUCAAAAAGCAUGGUUAGAUAUGAAUAUUUUUAAAUACUGGCUAAAACCACACAUAGACACAGAAAAAGCUUUCUGCUCGGUUUGUCGCACAGUAUUAGCAUGCGGCAAGCAAAAUUUAAUAGCACAUUCUCAAACAGAGAAACAUGUUUGGAAUAUGAAAACUCAUAAUGUCAGUUCAUCUGUUCCAUUAACUGUGACAGAAAGUGCAUCAGAGGAUCAUGCUAUUAAAGUAAAAAUAGCCGAGAUAAAAUUAGCUGCAUUUUAUGUGACUCAUAAUAUAACUUUGAACAUAGUUAACGACAUGAUCCCUCUUUUAAAAGAUAUUUUCAAUGACUCAAAGAUAGUCAGAGAUCUGAGACUGAAACGAAAAAAUUGUACGCAAAUUAUUAAAAAUUAAUGGCAUUAAUAUGUAUUUAUAAGAAUAUUUUGUAUUUCAUAUUUAUUGUAAGAAUACU